GUUUCCCUUUUUUUUUUCUCUGCAGGAGUUUGGAGGACUAGUAGGAUGCUGAGUAUCUUCCCUCCUCGCCACUGUUCUCCACCCUGCUCUCCAUGACCUGAGAGCACCACCCCAGCAGGAGGAACGAAACACCAGAACAAGAGAGAGAGAGGAGGGCAGAAGGCCAGGGAAGGAAGGAAGGAAAGAAGGAACUUUUUUUUUUGUUAUUGGUUGUUUUCCCUUUCCAAAAUGGCAGCGACAGAGGCCAAUGCGGCGCCGGUGGUCCAGGAAGACGGGAAAACCCCCGAGAGCAAGCCGGCGGAGGCCGAGCAGCCGGCCAACAACGCCAACACAAACUCAGAGACUGCCAACAGCGAGGUUGUUGAUAAAGACGGUUCCGCUGUCAACAGCGAGGUUGUCGAUAACAAAGAGACUGUGAACAACGACACGGCAGCGGGAGCCGAAGACGGAGACGCAGCCGCGGCGGCGAGCGAGGAGGCGGCGGCGGCUCCGCCUCAGAACUCGGAAAACGCCUCCUCCGCGGAGCCCAAGACCUCGUUCCUGGACUCCUUCCUCAACAAGAGCGGCCUGGGGAAGGUGAUGGGAGGAAGGAAGAAGAAAGAGUCGAUCACAGCCACCACCGGAGGAGAGGAGAACGCAGUCGAGGGAGGGGGGGAGAAGGAGGGAGAGAAAGGGGGCGAGGAGGCUGCGGCGCCUGAGGGCGGAGCAGAGGGCGGCACGGACGGAGAGGCGACGAUAGAGAAAGCGGAAAACGGAGAGAAGGAAGAAGAGAAGAAGGCGGAGAAGGGCAAACCGGCGGAGGCCAAAUCCAUGGUUCGAGAUCUGAUCAGGAAGCCGGUGGCGAGGAUCUUCUCCCAUCGCAGCACCGAGAAGAAAGACGUUAAGGUUCGAUCCAAGUCCCUGGACCGGCUGGAUCCCGAGGCCCUCAACGCCGCCGCGGACUCCACCGCGGAGGAGGGAGGAGCCACGGAGGCGGCGGCGGCGGCGGCGGGAGGUGCAGACGAAGGUGAAGAGGGAGAACAGAAAGCCGCGUCGUCCUCGGCGACCACCAAGCACAUGAAGCGCUGGCACUCCUUCAAGAAGCUCAUGGCUCAGAAGGGGCACAAGAAGAGCGCAGGAGAAGACGUGAAGGAGGAGGACGGAGAGGGAGGCGGAGACUCGUCCACGCUGGACUCCAAGGAGUCGGGGCAGAAAAGGUGGAAGCUGAAACGCUCCUGGACCUUCCAGGGUUUGAAGAGGGACCCGUCGGUGGUCGGCAUCAGCGGGAAGGCCAAGGGCUCGGACAAAGACUCUGCCGACAACGCAAAGCCGGAGGAGGAAGUGGCGGCGGCAGUGGCGGCGGCGGCGGAGGAAGCGGUGGAAGGAGAGGAGGCCAAGGAGGAGGGAGGAACAGAGGAAGCCAAGGCUGAGGGAGGGGAGGAGAAGGAAAAGGCUGAGGGAGGGGAGGAGGAGAAGGCAGCAGCAGCCGCCGGUAGUGGUGGGACGGUGACGCAACAUGCCAACGAGAUCUGGACCUCCUUCAAGAAGCGCGUCAUACCCAAGUCCAAACGCGCCAACACCGAGUGCGCCCCCUCUGGAGAGGAGGAUGCAACUGCAGCCACAGCAUCUGGUGAGGAUGGAGCAGCAGAGGAGGGCAAAGACGCAAAGGCAGCCAAGGCCAAGCGCUCCCAUUUUGGCCGCGCCGUUUCUCUGAAGAACUUCAUCCUGCGAAAGGGCAAGUCCACCAGCGUGGACAUGGGUGAGGGCGCCAAGGAGGAGGAAGAGGAGGAGGAGGGGGCCGCCGCGGAGGGAGGUGAGGCCGGAGACGCAGCCAAGGAAGGGACGGCCGACGGCGACGCCAACGACAAAGACGCCACGGAGGCCGAGAAGACGCCAGCGGCGCCGGAGGCCGGGGGGGACGCGGCGGCCAAGGUGGAGGCGGAGAAGACGCCGGCCGACGCCCCGGUGACCAACGGGGAGAACGGCUGCUCCAACGGCACGGGGGACGAGAACGCCACACACAAUCACCAGGACGACGGGGACGAGGACGCCGGCAAGACAACGGGCGGCGGCAGCCCCGUGAAGAAGGGCAAGGAAUCGGGGGGGGCCAAAGAGGAGGCCAACGCCAAGAUCAUCAACACCACGGCGGCUGUGAACAGCGACAAAAAGGCGGGAAACGUGUGAGGCCCACACAAAGAGGAUUAGAACUGCCUGGGAUUCGCUGAGCAAGGAGCCCUGAGCCCCGCCCCCCUUCCCUAAAUCCUCCUCCCACCCUCCUGCCUCCCUCCUCUACUCCCGUCAUCCCUCCUUCCUUCCGAAUAAACGGAGUAAUCACGUGUUAAGAGAACACCAUGGUGAGAAAAAGAGAUUGAAAUGAGAGAGUUUGAGAGAAUGAGAAAGAUGCAAUUCAUGUAGAUGAGAAGUGAAAAAUAAGACUUACUCAGAAAGCAAUAAUUCAAAGCCCUUCUUUUCCAUCCAUCAUCCAUCCAUCCUUACAUCCAUCCCCUCCGUCCAGUUACAUACAUACAUGCAUACACACAUGUACAUCCAGUGUUUUAAUUAUUUCUUUGCUUGUCUGUGAGAUUUUAUAUUGUCUACGAGAGAAAAGAAAUGUAAAA